AUGGAGGGCGACCGGAGGUACCACAUGCAGGGUAACUGCGACAUGAGUAUGAAUAGAAACUGUGAGCCGAAUGGUAACUACUUCGAGAGUCCGGGUGGGAUGCACAACGGGCUGUACUACAACAAUUAUGAGAACGAUCGAGGGGGAAACUUUCCCAUGGGAAGAGGAGGAAAUGUUUACAUGGGGGACGAAAAAGGGAUGAUGAGGGGCGGUGGGCUCCACGGAGGGAGAACCAUGCACGGCGUGAACGCCCCCCCGAAUGUGGUAUACAACAGGGGCUUUAACAUAAAUAAUAGCCCAAAUUACAACACAGGGGGUUACCCACCGUAUAACAACGACUACAGUGGCAUGAAUUAUCAAAUGAUGAGUAACAGCGGAGGUGGUGACUACAGAGGGGGCAUGAUGAACAUGUCAUCUAUGUCAUCUCCUAGCCCCCCUUACCCAAAUGAGCAAUACAUACUGAACAAGAAGGCAGCAAAAAUACUUUAUAUACAUAACAUAACGAGUAAGUUUGCAGACGAGAAUUUUAUCUAUAGUGUCUGCUUUGUCUAUGGAAAUGUCGAAUCAGUGAGCUACAUGAAGGGGAAGAAUCUGUUUAUUGUGAAAUUCGAGUCGUCCGAUGGUGCCUUCAAUGCAUACAAACAUCUACCGAGUCACUUUAAAAAUAUACACCUCGAGCUGCGAAACGAGUCAAGGAAAAUAAGUUACUUUAAUGAGAAGGCCAACAGCAAUAAGUAUAUUUCUCCAAACAUAUCAGAGAAGAAAUUCCUUUCCCUGAGUCCGGAGAAAAGAGAGCAUAUCAUGAAUAUCAAACAAAAAGAGUUACUUCGGAAAUGUAAGGAGAAAUUGAAUCAGUACAUUAAUAUGUUUAAUAAUAAAAAUAUAACUGAUGAGACAAAGGAGAAGCUCAAGUGUCUGAUUGAUCAUUUGAAAACAAGGAUAGAAUCACUCAACAAUCAGUGUGAUGGGCACCCUUUGGCGGAUUCCUCUAGUGCUGCCACUUCGUUUAAUAAUUAUGACCGGGGCCCUUCGGGGAACGUUCCCGGGGGGGAUCUCUUCGGAGGAAGCUUAAGUGGGAACAACAACCCCAGCGGGGGAGACCCAUGCAGCGGAGGGGGAACAGCAGGGGAGGCGUCCCUAGGAGGGGCGUUACUAGGAGGAGCAUUACUAGGGGGGCCUUCCCUAGGAGGGGCAACCUUAGGAACGGCGCCAGGCGCGACGGACCCGAUGAACUCUUCCAGCACGACCAUCAAGAUUAACUCCGUGAGCAACAUUCAGAAUAACGAAGAACUCAGCAACUACAUCGCACAGAAUAACUCCAUCUUCCUAAAUGAACACAUUUCAUACUUUUCUCUGUUUUCCUUUGGAGAGAGGUAUGCCAUCAUUAAAUAUAGCAACGAGAAUAUCGCCCGAAAUGUAUUUAAGAACUGCUGCAUGUGCAACAUAAGUGUGGAGUUUGUGCAGGACGACGCUGAUGGGCAGGUGGCCGGUUAA